AUGAUGACUAAAAGCUUGUUGUUGACGGUUUUGGCUGUUGUUGCUUGCGAUGCUGUGGUAAGUUUAAACUUCUUUACAGUUAUUUGAACAACCUAAUUCAAAGAACGAUCUUCAAGCUAAAAACUUUUACUUGCAGAAGUACAAUGGAGUAGAAGUGUACCCACUCGCCAGCUACGGUAUGAUCGACCGUCCUUAUCGUUACACUUCACUACAAAGACUAUUGAAAAAGAAAGACAGUUUUAUCGAGUACUGCAACACAUCAACCGCCUUGUACUACAAUCUAAACCACGAAGAAGGAGAUCAAUGGCUUCGCAACUUUUGCAAAAUCAAAGGAGAAGAGGCCGCUUGUAAUGAAUAUUUUAAAAAUUUUAAAGAAAACGAAAAACGAUUGAAAGCUACGAUUGAAUACUACCAGAAGAAGAACAAAUGGACCAAGGAUAUGAUUGCUCUUAUGGAUAGAGUUCAGGUAAUGACUAUUCUACCUUGCCUUGCCUUGCCUUGUCUUGCCUUGCCUUGCCUUGCCUUGCCUUGCCUUGCCUUGCCUUGCCUUGCCUUGCCUUGCCUUGCCUUGCCUUGCCUUGCCUUGCCUUGCCUUGCCUUGCCUUGCCUUGCCUUGCCUUGCCUUGCCUUGCCUUGCCUUGCCUUGCCUUGCCUUGCCUUGCCUUGCCUUGCCUUGCCUUGCCUUGCCUUGCCUUGCCUUGCCUUGCCUUGCCUUGCCUUGCCUUGCCUUGCCUUGCCUUGCCUUGCCUUGCCUUGCCUUCACUUCAGCUAAUAACCUUUGUCUUCAGCUAUACCACAACAACCCGACUAUCCCAUUAGAAGGUGAAUGUUUUGCUACCAAUGGCAUCAAGUACACAGCCACACCAAAGCAACGGAAGGUUAUGAAGUUGACAAUCGAGAACUGUGACUUUCGUAGACAAAACAUCGAACCCGACUUUGCUAAGAGAACUUGUUUUAAGAAGGAGGAUCAUGAGCCAUGGGUAACUUUGUUACAAUAA